AUGUCGUCCUUCCACAUCGUCGAGCAUUCCAUUCCAUGUCAACAUAUUCGAGAAUAUCCCAGAGCAUUGAGCGGCUCGCAAGAAGAUGUUCUGCACCUGGCAGUUAAGCAAUACAUACCCAAGGACAAUCCCAAUCCACGGCCGGGUGAUGUUACAAUCAUAGGCGCUCAUGCGAAUGGCUUCCCAAAAGAGCUGUAUGAACCAUUGUGGGACGACAUUCUUGCCCGAUCAAAAAGGGAUGGCUUCCGCAUCCGAAGUAUAUGGAUUGCCGACGUUGCACAGCAAGGUCAAAGCAGUGUCCUCAAUGAGGAGCUUCUAGGAAAUGACCCCAAUUGGAAUGAUCACCCGCGGGAUUUGCUUCACCUCAUCAAUUGGAAACGAGACCAGAUGCCCCGACCCCUCAUAGGUAUCGGUCACUCGAUGGGCGGGAAUCAUCUAGUCAACCUUGCCUACAUUCAUCCACGUCUCCUGACGACCUUAGUUCUAAUCGACCCGGUCAUACAAGUUUAUUCCAGCGUUGCUCCAGAAGCCGGACCGAGUCCUGCUCGUUUAUCUUCCUUUCGACGCGACGUCUGGCCCUCACGAGAAGACGCAGCCCAAAGUUUCAAGACGAGCAAGUUUUAUCAGGCAUGGGAUCCGAGAGUUUUGGAUUGUUGGAUCAAAUACGGCCUAAGAGAUAUGCCCACACUCUUACAUCCUGCCGAAAAGAAUAAGCCAGGUCCACCCCCGGUCACAUUAACGACACCCCUCCAUCAAGAGGUGUUCACCUUCUUGCGUCCCAACUACGAAGGCAAUGGAUAUCAGGGCAAGGCUGUUAAUCGCAAGACUCAUCCGGACCUAAAUCCCUCUCUUCCUACAAUAUAUCCCUUCUAUCGUGCGGAAGGACCUCAGGCAUUCUUCCGACUGGAAGAGCUUCGCCCUAGUGUUCUGUAUAUAUUCGGAGGCCGAUCUGACGUUGGCACUCCUGAAGCCUGCAAGGCCAAGAUGGAUCGUACAGGAGUGGGAGUCGGUGGGAGUGGCGGAGCUGCCGCGGGACGUGUGAGAAGUGUCCUAUUCGAAGAUAUCGGACAUCUCAUUGCUAUGGAAGCUGUGGAAAGGACGGCAGAUCACGCCAGCGAAUGGAUAGGAUCUGAAAUGACGAGAUGGAAGGAAGACGAAGCCGAACACGAACGAUACUGGAACUCAAAAUCGUUGAUCGAAAAACAAACUAUCGAUGACCAGUGGAAGAAGAUGAUCGGCGGCCCAAUGACGAGAAAGCCGAAACAGCCCAAACUGUGA